AUGAAUUUGACCACUGGACAAGGACAAUCAAAAUGCAGAGGCCGCGGGGAUGACGAGUCAAAUCAGCCGAUUGCAGUCAUUGGAUUGGCUAUGCGACUGCCAGGAGGUAUUCGGAGUGGCGAUGAAUUCUGGGAAAUGCUAGUGGAUAAACGUGAUGGCUUUUGUGAAGCGCCUAUCUCCCGCUGUUCGAGAGAGGCUUCUAGCAAGUCCGAUCGUGGAAGUCCAAGCGAAGCGAGGAAUGGGUUCUUCCUGCAAGAAGAUCCUGCUCUUUUUGACGCUUCUUUCUUUUCUGUGCCUCCCCACGAGGCAGCACGGCUGGAUCCCCAGCAACGGCUUUUGCUGGAAGUGGUCUGGGAGUGUCUGGAAAACUCGGGGGAGACCAAAUGGCGCGGUAAGAGGAUUGGAUGCUUCGUCGGUGUAUUUGGGGAAGACUGGCUGGAGAUGUCUCACAGAGAUCCGCAGCAUCUGGGUCAAAUAUACCCCAUAGCGACAGGUGGCUUUGCGCUUGCAAACCAAGUGUCAUAUCGGUUUGAUCUAAAGGGCCCAAGCAUUACCAUUGAGACGGCUUGCUCUUCAUCUUUAGUGAGCCUGCAUGAAGCCUGCCAAGCUCUCCGGUCUGGGGACUGCUCAACAGCUUUAGUGGGCGGGACAAGUCUUAUAUGGAGUCCCACAAUGACUGAUGCUAUGACCAAAAACUUGGUUCUGUCACCCAGUGGUAUCUCUCAUACCUUUGAUGCCAAUGCAGAUGGAUAUGGUCGGGGCGAGGCAAUAAAUUGCAUCUACCUCAAGCCGUUAAAGUGUGCCCUGCGCGACAACGACACGGUCCGGGCCAUCAUUCGCUCAACAAUAACCAACCAUGACGGAAAGACCCCUAUAUUCAGUAAUCCGUGUCCCAUAUCCCAAGAGAAGUUAAUUAGACACGCAUAUCAGAUUGCAGGAAUCGAGGGCAUUGACGAAACACCUGUUUUUGAAUGCCACGGAACUGGGACUGCCGUCGGCGACGUGAUUGAAGCAUCGGUCGUGGGGAAAGUGACACAAGGAAGAAAAACUUAUCUCACCGCAGUAAAACCGAAUGUCGGCCACUCAGAGGGAGCAUCUGGCAUCACCAGUAUUAUCAAAGCCAUCCUGUCACUUGAACACAAAACAAUCCCACCAAACAUACACUUCCAAGCUCCAAAUCCCAACAUUCCAUUCGUCGAGGCAAAUCUACACGUACCCUUGGAACCUACCCCGUGGCCUGAUGGCAGACCUCAAAGGAUUAGCGUCAACUCAUUUGGUAUUGGUGGCUCAAAUGCACAUGCAAUCUUGGAGUCCGCGUCAACAAUUGUUUUGGAGCCUAGACUUGUAUCCAUCGACCCACACAAUGAUCCCCUGCUGUUGGUCGUAUCUGCGCACACGGCCGAUGCCCUUCGCAGACGGAUUGACCAGAUCACCAAAUAUCAUAACAGCCACCCAGAGCGCGUACACAAUCUUUCUCACACUCUAGGUACUCGAAGAGACCAUCUAGCACACCGUGCCUUCGCAGUUGUACAACCGAGUAAAUCUGUCUUAGAAGACGCAUCUUUUACUUGUUUCAAAACAACUUCUCCAGAUGUUAUCUUUGUGUUUACAGGCCAGGGGGCUCAGUGGCCAGAAAUGGGAAAGGGGCUUCUUUCAAACUUCCCAGACUUUAGACAGGACGUUAAUAGGAUGGAUGAAGCACUCCAACAAUUACCUGACCGGCCAGAUUGGCUAUUAUGUGAUGAAAUGAGACAAGAAAGUACGGCUUCUCGUGUACAUGAAGCUGAAUUCUCUCAGCCUCUUUGUGUCGCGCUCCAGAUUGGUCUGGUCAACCUUCUUGCAAGCUGGGGCAUUUGCGCGUCCACAGUUGUCGGGCAUUCCAGUGGAGAGAUUGUGGCCGCAUAUGCUGCCCGAGCUAUCACAAUGAGAACAGCGAUUAUACUAGCAUAUUACCGAGGCAAAGUGGCCAAGUCACUAGAAGGAUUAGGAGCUAUGGUGGCGGUCGGCUUGGCUCCCGAUGAAGUGCUUCCGUACCUCACCCAUGGAGUGGUUGUUGCUUGCCACAACAGUCCACACAGUAUUACUCUCUCAGGAGACAAAGACUCGGUAGAUCGAGCAGUCCGAAAUAUCAAGGCGGCAAACUCUGAUACGCUUUGUCGGCGAUUACCAGUGCGGACUGCUUAUCAUUCUGGUCACAUGAAGCAUAUUGGUCUUGAAUAUGAGCACUGUAUAUCUAGUCAGAUAGAACAUGAGCAUUGCAUGCUACCGUUUUGCUCCAGUGUUACUGGUCAAAUUAUUACUGACCCUCACAAGCUCGAUGCAUCAUAUUGGCGACAAAAUCUAGAGUCACCCGUGCUAUUCACAGAGGCCAUUCAGAGUCUUCCUACUACUGGAACUCCAAUCUUUCUAGAAAUUGGACCACACUCGGCACUGGCUGCCCCUCUUCGUCAAACUUUCAGAACGCUGUCCGCGAAGUCUCCAGUCUAUAUUCCAACCCUGUUUCGGUAUGAUGACGACGUCAAAGGACAACUUCUCAGAACAGCUGGGCAGAGUUAUUCAAGCAGCAUUGCCAUCGACUUGUCUCGUAUCAUUAGAAUUGGGAAAACCUUGACAGAUAUUCCUCCUUAUCCAUGGCAACAUGAUCGGUCAUAUUGGAGUGAGAGCCGAUUAAGUCGAAACUGGAGGCAACGCAAGUUUCCGCACCAUGAGAUCCUCGGUUCUCGCGUCAUCGAUACAACUGAUCAUGAUCCUUCUUGGCGCAACCUUGUGUCUCUAGAUGAUGUUCCAUGGCUUUUGGACCAUGUGAUUCAAGGGACUGUCACUUUCCCCGGAGCUGGAUUUCUUGCCAUGGCAGGCGAGGCAAUCCAACAAUUGCACCCUGACAAUGGUAGUUACUCGGUGCGCAAUGCAGCGUUUGCUGUGCCGCUACUCUUCCACGAGGAAGACCACGUUGAGAUGGUUACUAGCCUCAAUCGCGUCGAGGUGGCCGAUAGGACUCCUUCUGGUUGGUAUACGUUCAAAGUCAUGGUCCAUGAUGGAGAAAGAUGGACGAUGCAUUGCCAGGGUCAAAUAAGAGCUGGUGCUGAUCACGCCUCUACAUCUACCAAAAUCGUUUCCUACCCGAGAGCGGUUUCUUCCGAGGCCGUGUACAGAGUACUGCAAAGGAGCGGGAUUGAAUACGGACCUCAGUUUCAGGGCCUUGGGCAAAUCACUGCAGACCCCACCGGACCCAGGGCAACCGGCACCGUCAUGGGCAAUCGCGGGCUCCCUGGCAGCAGAUAUCCUUUACAUCCAACUGCAAUUGACCAAUGUCUUCAACUGAUGGGCGUUGCUGGUUCUCGGGGUAUUUUGCGGCAUCUUACGACAAUUUAUGUCCCGGCAGCGAUAGACUUCUUAUUCGUUGGACCUGGGGGUCCAUCCAUGCUAGCAACGGCUAAUACCGAAAGCGGUGCAAGGAAUGGACAUUUGGGCAAUACUAUGGCUAUGCUCGAUGGUCGGGUCGUACUCUGCAUUGAAAGGGCUUAUCUUUUCGCCCUUGAAAAUGACAAUGUGGAGUCCAGAACUGGACCAGCUGACUCGAUAAGUCAUCUUGACUGGAAAUCGGAUAUUGAUCUGUUGCCCUCAUCCUUGCUUUUAUCCACUCCAAAGGACUACACACCAGAAGCCAUGAAUGUCAAGGCACUCGGCCAAUUAGCUGCUCUAUUUGUUUUAGAGACAGCUGACCAAAUUCGAGGUAUUGACCCAGCAUCUCCACACUUCACAAAGUGGAAAGAUUCCAUGUUGGUCGCCGCUUCCGAUAUCAAAACAAAGGGUCAGCAAUCUGUGUACCCAAGUGCCCGUGAAUGGGCUUUGCUCAGCUCAGCCAAGAGACAAGAAAUGAUACGAGAUGUCGUGGCUGAAACUAAAUUAACAUUUGAUGCUCCACUUGCGCAAUGCAUGCAAGUUGUCUUCGAUGACUGCAAACAGUUCGUUUCUGCGGAAAGCGACCCUCUGGAAAUUCUUAUGAAGGACAACCUAUUGCACCAGUUUCAUGCUGCACAUACGCAGUAUGCAAAUUGGAGCCCUUUUUUGCCUCUUCUCUGUCAUUCCAAUCCCGGUCUGCGUGUACUUGAGAUUGGCGCAGGGACUGGCUCUGCAACAGCUAUGGCUCUAGGGCAUCUCAAAUCACAAAACGGGACUCGAAUGUAUGGGCAGUAUAUUUUUACAGAUAUAUCUUCAGGUUUUAUGGCUGCGGCGAAGGAGAGAUUUGGCCAGGAGCAGUGCAUAGACUAUAAAAUUCUUGAUAUAAGCUUAGAUCCAGUGGAGCAAGGGUUUAACGCCCACAGCUUUGACUUAAUCAUCGCUUCGAAUGUUCUGCAUGCUACUUACGAAUUACAAUCAACACUCCGUCAUGUCCAUCUCCUUCUAAAGCCAACUGGGUGGUUCUUGCUUCAUGAAAUAUGUCCAGAAAUUUUAAUCGCAGAUUUCACUAUGGGUGUGUUCUCCGGCUGGUGGCUAGGCGAGAACGAUAAUCGAGCGAGCAGGCCCUAUGUUUCGCCAGAGAGGUGGCAUCAAGAGUUACAGUCUGCAGGAUUUACUGGAGCGGAUGUUACCGCUUUUGAUUUGAAGCCCCCAUACCAUAUAUCAGCCAGUUAUAUAUCGCGCCCGGUGGACCAUACACAUAUUUCUCAGGAAAUCUGGUUACUUACCAGAAAUAGCAAACCCUGCCAGUGGGCAAAGUGCAUUGAGUCCUUAUUCAUUGAAAAAGGUUAUACAACUCAUUGGAGUACUUUGACUCAAGCACCACCAAAAGGCAAAUUUAUCAUUUCCCUGCUGGACCCAGGAAAUUCUCCUAUACUUGAGCUCCCUGAGGAUAUUUACCACGAUUUUCAGCAUUAUAUCGAGCAAGUACAAGAUUGCAAGAUUCUCUGGGUCGCCCAAUCAACUUCUCUGGCCUGUUCGGACGCGACUUCAGGUCUGAUACAUGGGUUUGCACGUACUCUGCGCGUGGAACUGUUGCUCGAUGUUUCGAUUCUUGAAGUACCGACAUGGGACAUGGAUAGCGCGAGAGCAUUGAUCCAAGUCUGCGAGAAAAUAAGAAGAUCUCGAAUACAUUCUGUCCCAGACCCAGAGUAUGAGUUCGCAUUUGAUGAAGGAGAGAUUAAAGUGGGCCGAUAUCACUGGACGCCGCUAGCGGAACAACUCAAAAGUCAGCCUUGCGCCAAUAUGGCUCGAAAAUUAAAUCUCACGGCAUAUGGUCUUCUCGAUACGCUUCAGUGGGUCGAGAAGGAACCAUGUAGCCUAGGAGCCGAACAGAUUGAAGUUAAAAUGGAAUACAUAGGGAUUAACUUCAAGGAUAUGAUGGUUGCUAUGGGCUUUUUUGGAAGCAAAGAAGACCUUGGACUUGAGGGUAGCGGCGUCGUACUUCAGGUCGGAUCUGAUGUGACAGAAUUUGCGGUAGGAGAUCGUGUGGUAUUAAUGCAUUCCGGUGUUCUCGCUUCCAAUGUUAUGGUGCCCCAAAAGGCUUGUAUCAAGCUUCCAGAGGGAUUGUCGAUGGCCGAUGCUGCUACUAUGCUAACAGCUUAUGUCACUGUUCUCUAUUCAUUGCUAGAAGUGGGUGCUAUGAAAAAGGGCCAGUCUGUCCUCAUUCACUCUGCCUGUGGUGGAGUUGGACUAGCCGCCCUGCAAGUUUGCCAAGCUGCUGGUGCUGAGAUUUAUGCCACCGUUGGAAACGACAAAAAGGUCGACUACUUAAUGGAGAAUUACGACUUACCGCGAGACCACAUUUAUAACUCGCGGAACACAACCUUCAAAGAGGAUUUACUGCGUGCUACCGUGGGCCGCGGUGUUGAUAUAGUCCUCAAUUCAUUAUCUGGUAACCUUCUACACGCUUCAUGGGAAUGUGUUGCCAAGUUUGGGCGAAUGAUUGAAUUGGGAAAACGUGACUUCAUAAGCCAUGGGAUCCUCGAUAUGAGCAUCUUCGAGGCCAACCGAUCAUUCAUUGGUGUUGACCUAGCACAGGUUUGCAAAGAGACUCCAGAAGUUCUGAAGAGUACUCUGUCAACAUUUUUAGACUGGUAUCGUCGGGGUUCAAUUAAACCAAUUAGACCAGUCAAAACAUUCGAAGCCGCUGAUAUUAUCAGUUCAUUCCGGUAUAUGCAGGCUGGCACGCACUUGGGUAAGAUCGUGAUCCAUAUGCCGAGCACAUUGGACAGCUUCCCUUCCCCUGUCGUUAAGACAUUACCAUCUUUCCGAUCAGAUGCCUCCUAUUUACUAGUUGGUGGACUUGGUGGCAUUGGGCGCUCUGUAUCAACAUGGAUGGUUGAACGAGGUGCAAAGGAACUCAUCUUCCUAUCCCGGUCAGCUGGAAAGUCAAGUGAUAAUCAGGCAUUCAUUCGCGAGCUUGAAGUGCAGGGAUGUCAUGUAAUUUGCGUGGCAGGCAAUGUCACAGACAAAGAGGAUGUAAACGAGGCCAUUAGAAGACGAACCCGGCCCUUGGCUGGAGUGCUACAAAUGGCAGUUGACCUCAAGAUGAGCUACGAUGAAUGGACCGCUGCGCUAGCUCCGAAGAUAAGCGGCAGCUGGAAUCUACAUCAUGCUACAGCGCAGCACCCGCUUGAUUUUUUUGUUGUGUUCGGCUCCAUCGCCGGUGUGUGUGGUAACACUGGGCAGGCCAACUAUGCAGCAGCAACGACAUUCUUGGAAUCUUUCACGCACUAUCGACGACAAAAAGGCUUCCCAUCCUCUGUGCUACACCUUGGGGUGGUUGGAGAUGCGGGUGCUGCGAGUCGCAAUUCCCGAUUUCUCCAGAGAGUACAAUCAAUUGCGCUACAUGUGCUUCACGAGGCCGAGGUCAUCGACGGACUAGCAGCAGCAAUCAGAAUAUCCCCGAUUACCUCCUCUAGCGCAUCCGGGGCGAUCGUGAUGGGACUUGCUCACACAAGGCGCCGUUCUGAUCUACCCAAAGAAAUUUUCCUGGGAGGACGCGAUGCCAGGUUUUCCCUUUAUCCUAACCUGGAGUCAACCAGCAAGGCCAUCGGUGGGGACGCAUCGAGUCAUGCAAGUGCGUUGAAGGCUCUUCUCGGUCAAAUCCAGGCAGAUACUUCACUUGCCGGGAAAAGAGAGACUGAGAUUACAUUGAUCAAGGAGUUGGGUCGGUUUGUGAGCCAGAAUCUCACCGGGCAGACACAGGAGAGCAAUCAAGAUGAAGUAGAUGAAAUCGGCGCAAUAACAGAGAUGGCUGUGGAUUCUCUUAUGGCCAUAGAGGUAAGGAAUUGGUUGCGAAGGUCGCUGGGUGUUGAAAUUGCAACAGUAGAGAUCAAUCGAGCGGGUACAUUGGGAGGUCUGGUGAGGGUGGUUUUGAAGGGGCUCAAGGAGAAGUAUGAUCAAAGCCCUACUUCGGACGCUGCUGCUGGUCAGCAGUGA